AUGUCAUCUUCUUCAUCUUCUGAAGAAUUUCAGACUAUUUUUGAUACCGCUAUUGCGUGUGUUCAAAUGGCGGAACAAACAUACAACGUUGUAGGUAACAACGCAGCUACAAGUUCUCAACAGAGAACACGAAGAUACAUUUACAGAAAUCGUGAAGAAGCCAACCAACGUUUGGUACAAGACUAUUUUGCAGAGAAUGCCACUUACCAAGGGUAUUAUUUUCGUAGGCGCUUCAGAAUGCUCAAAGGUUUAUUCGAACGUAUAGUUGAAGAUGUAACGAGGGAGUGCAGUUUUUUCCAACAACGCUACGAUGCUAGAGCAUAUCAUGGGCAAUUUACCCGAGGUGAUCAUGGUCACCCAACGGUAAUACUUGAAGCAGUUGCAUCACAAGAUAUGUGGAUUUGGCAUGCUUUUUUUGGUUCUCCUGGUUCGAUUAACAACAUCAACGUUCUUAACCGUUCACCAAUAUUUAACAACAUAUACGAUGGAUCCGCACCAGAUUCUUCUUUUCAAGUGCAUGGAACGCCAUAUAAGUAUGGUUAUUAUCUGGUCGAUGGAAUCUAUCCUGAGUAUGAUGUGUUUGUUAAAUCGUUUUCAGCUCCACAUGGUUCUAGAAGAAAGAAAUUCAAGAGAGCUCAAGAAAGAGCUAGGAAGGAUGUUGAGCGUGCUUUUGGAGCUCUGAAGAAACGGUGGUUCAUAUUGAAGAAACCAGCAGCUUAUUUGGGCGAGGAAAAACUUCAAGAAAUCAUGUAUACAUGUAUUAUAUUGCAUAACAUGAUUAUUGAAGACGAAGGAAGAGCGAUAUGUGUGUUUGACGAGGAAGAAAUCCUACCAGAGACACAGCCAAUAGAAAUUGGUGGCAAAGAGUAUAUAAACAGGAGAGCAGAGAUACGUUGCACCGAAACAUUUCACAAUCUUCGCAAUGACUUGGUGGAACACAUUUACUGGGUUCAAAACAUUAACCGUAAUUUGGAUCCACCGGAUGACCCCGAAGAUGAGUUCUCGGAGAACGACUUUAUGUAG